AUGUUGAUUUUAAGCCGAGAUACAGCCAGUGGCAGGUUAGAGACGCCGUGUGCCUCGUUGUCUGCGUCUCUAGCCCCGAAAACUUCAAAUGACCAUAACUCAGCUCAAAAUUGUCCUAGGAAGAUGCACUCUUCGGCUCCAAUCACUUCUGCUCCGCCUCAAAAAGAAUCACCACCACCAUACGAAAACGCUGAAAAGGAAUGGAAGACUGAGAAACCAGAGACCACAGAGACCCAUGGUCCAUCUGACUUUGAAAAAAUCCAAAAAUUGACCAUGGAAAACCGCCAAUUGGAAGCUCAAGUCGAAAGAACUAAAUUAACUAUUGCUAUCGCGAACCGGGAUCAUCAAAAACAGCAGGAGGGUUAUGAGAAGAAAUUGAAAGAGCAACGAGAUGAAAUUCGUAAACUUUCGGAAUUGCACGAAGAGGAUAAGAGAAGAGUGUGUUAUGCCGAAAAAAAUAUCGAUGAAAUCUCAAAAAAUUUCAACAAAACUAAAGAAGAAUUGGCGGAGAGCUAUGAUAAAAAUCGAAAACUUUUUGACAAACUCAAAGAAUACGAGCGCUACGCGUAUGCUCAAUCGGACUGUGACUACUGUAACAACUUGGAAGUCAAUCAUGCCGAUAAAGUCUUUUAUGAUGAGCAAUUGGAGGAUGAUUCUGAAGAAGAGGACGCUAGAAUUGAAGAGAUUGCUCAGAUUCAAGAGACGCAAAGAAGAGAAAUUGAGGAUUUGAAGAAGAAGCAUCAGGAAGAUAUUGGAGAGAUUUUCAAGAGAUUGGAAUUGGUCGAAAAGUGGCGAGAAGAGAAAGAUGUGGAGGAUUCAGGAUAUUUUUUGAUUGAUUCAGAAGAAUCGCUCUGA